GAAUUCCAAUCUCUAAUAUCUAACUUUUCACCUCAAACAACGAACAUAAUACGAAAUCACAAUGGAUACCUAUAACCCUGUGGGCUACAACAUGGAAUAUGCUUCCAUUAAUAACCUAGAUGAAGAUUCAUACAUCACAAGAAUGUCGAGAAUUUUCGCACAUAUUGAUAUGGAGCGGCCCGUAACACUAAAGGAGGAUGAAAUUCCCACAGUUCUCCUUCACACCGAGGAAAUUAAAAAGAAUUGGGGUCUCCUUCAAAAGAUCUUGGGUGCAUACGAGUCUAUCAUCCGCAAGCGCUGGCUUAAGAAAUCCAAGGUCAAACGUGCUCAACUUCUGAAAGAGUUGUAUCCGGAAAUUCCAAAGCAGCACGCCCCGGACUUUGAGAAUAUGCGAGCUCGUUGGGAAGGCACGCCCCUCAACUCGAAAGAGGAUCAGAAAUCUAUGGAGACGCCAUAUCUCAACUUGGAGGACCUCACACAAGGCAUGUUCUUACCUCUUUUUCUGAACUCAAGAGGUCGAUAUUCGCCGCAUCUAUUUGUACAUGCAGAUAUCUACGCUAUGCACUACGGGUUGAAUAUGUGGGUAAUUCAAGAACCGAAGGUCUAUGAUGGCCUGGCGCCAUGGAAAUCCGCUGCCGUCUUCAGAAACCCAGAUUUGGGAGAAUACAUUGAGUUCCUCGAGUCAAAGGAAAGAUCAGAUGAGGCUUAUGCAUCUGGCCUCGGAUUCUCUCCGCCAAAAGCAAUGUUGAUAUUGAGAGCACAGGCUUUCACGUAUCAAUUCCUUGUAGAUUGUUGUUCGGCAAUACUUCACGACAUUCCAACACUUCUGGGUGACAAUCAUGACUUCAAUAUCGUGACUGAACCGGAAGAUAUCUCUGCAUCCUCUUCUCAACGUCUGAGUACUGCCUUUUCUGCAAUCGAGUCGCCUUACAGACCGCCAAGUCAAAUUGACUUUCAAAGAAUCGAAGACCUUCUUGAAGCGAGACUUGCCGCAGCAGAAGACCACCUAUGGUCCCUAAGAGAAGAUCCCAGCUAUUUCGCUGAGAUUUUUGCUGCUCGAGACGAACGCCAUUGUUAUACCAGCGAAUCAGAUUCGAAGGGAUUUGAAGUACACAAUGUCCUCGAAUACGCAUGUAUUUCCUUGCUCGUUUGGAAUAAUUUGCUGGAAGACUUUCGACACUGGCGUGGUCUAGAAAAAAAGUAUUCGGCGGACAUUUUUUCUGAUAGGCAGCUACCAUCUGAGUAUGAAAAAGCGUUCGUGUGCUUUUGGGACAACCUAGCCCGGACUAGCGAAUUUCUGAGAUUGGAAAACUUAAGGCGAGACAUUCUGUUCACAAAAUCCUUCAGAGCUGGCGUCAUCAAUGAUUCACUGAAUUAUGGUGCUCAUAUCGCACGAUCAAAUGUGAAAUACGCAACGCAGGAUAAACUCUUCUUCAUACUGUAUGAAUUAUCUCAGAACGAGGUUAUUCUCUAUUGCUCACUCCCGGAUCUGGUUGAUGAGCUCGAGCGUUAUCUACUUGCGAACCCAAAUGAGAGGGGCCGUAUUACGACUCUGAGUUUGUCAAUUUUAUCAGACAUUGGCAUUGUCGCUUCAAUUAGUCGUGAUUUAUAUCUUUACCAACCUUGGGCGUCAACGGUAACCCAAAAGCUUAAGGCCGAUGAUGGUACCAUAAAAGCCAUCACUGACUCUAAAUGGAAACGCUUGAUGGAUCUUCUGAAAAUUUUGGAGAGCCUACCCAUAGACGAGGUUACAAAGCUUAUCGAUUCGCCAAACUGCUUUCACUACCCUAUAGAAAGACGUCCCAAUGCAGCUAAUAACCACAGAAUGCGACAAGCUGAGUCAUUACUCGAUCAUGUCUGGGACAUCAUAAACCAAUCGUAUCUUGAGACUUCCGGAAAGACCACACUAGCUGGUGCCCUUCGAGAUCUUAUCUCGAGCGAAAGGGGGCUAGUUCGAACACCAGAAUGGGUUGAAGCGGCUCCCAAGGUCAAGAAAUCUCGUGAAAAACGCACUCCAAUUGACGAUGAGCUGGUUAGUUCUUUCGAACACGUGCGAAUAGAGGAAACAAAGAGCACUCAGUCUUUAGAACCAGGCGAUUCAAUAUUCAAAGCGAAGGCCAAGUCGAAGUCCAGGAAAGCGGGGCCAUCUCAAGAAUCUGCACCUUUAACUGAAGAACUACCAGAGGUAGAAGAAGCUCAAGCACCCCGAGAGAUAAUAAAAGUGAAUAAAAAGACAUAUCGCGUCUUCACAGCACUAUUUUACACUCCUUCAGAAAAAGACCCACCUGGAGAAAUUUCGUGGCAAGACUUCCUUCAAGCAAUGGCUGCAGGUGGAUUGAGCUCGGAAGCACUGUAUGGCAGUAUUUGGCAUUUUACUCCUCAAGAUGGCCAUCCCAAUAAACCGAGGAGAAGUAUUCAGUUCCAUCAACCUCACCCUGGGAAGCUUCGUCUUGGGACAGCCAGAUUUAUUGGACGUCGUCUCAAUCGUGCAUUUGGAUGGGAUAUUGACUUGUUCUCUCUAGAGUAAGCCGAAUUUGAAAUAACUAGAGAGGUCUAAAUAUAGGGGGGAUGAGCCGUUCAUAGUGGAGUAUACGUAAGCGUCUGCGUUAGUAGUAACGAAUUAUGCUAUACAAUAGUCAUAUAGCGAGGGAAGAAUAGAUGUGUUUAGGGGUAGAAUAUAGAGAAUACUUCAAAGCAGUUAACCAAUGUCAAAAAUAAUUGCA